CUGAUGAACAUGUGUAUUGUCAACAACAAAGAAUAAGGUAUAAAAGGCGCACUUGAACAAGUCUAACAUUUAAUGUUCAGCAUCGAAAAGAAACAACAACAAACUGAAGAAUGAAGAUACUUGUCGUUUUCGUCGCUCUGGCUUUUGUCUCUCAAGCUGCAGGUGAAUGUGAUGGAGUUGAUGUUGACGGUUCCUGUUACUUCUGGAAAGGAACCAAAGUAGGUGGUUUGAAGUUCAAAAAAGCCGAGGAGGCCUGUGCUGAAGAAGGAGGACAUCUCGCGGAAUUCCGAACCCAGCAAGCAUAUGACACAGUUCGUUUCUAUUUGUUAGGGGUAAAGCCACAGACCAUGCUUCUUAUUGGAAUGAAGUACAAUUACAAGAAAAAGAAUAACCCAGUAAUGUUGAGAUCCGGCAGUGCCAUUACGUAUAAACCUGACUGGUUUGAGAAUCACCCCAUUGACUCACACAAAAAUGAAGAAAUGGUAAUCAUCGCCAGCAAGAACAGUAAAUUCAGCGGAUUGAUGAAUUCCGAAAACGGUUGCCGAUACGCUCUGUUUCUGUGCGAGAUAUCAUUAGAGUGAUCUGGCUAUGACCUUAGAAUGAAUGGAUCGACAUUUAAUAUUGUUUUCAAUAUUUAAUUUAAUUAUUUCAUGAGAAAAUAAAACAUAAUCUUGCAUUA